UUUCCAGUUUCAACCUCCCGCGCCGAUUUCGUUUAAACAUAAUUUAUCCCGGGUAGAAGAACUGGACGGACGCAACGGCCGGGCAGGCGGAUACGAUGGAGAGCUAAAAAUAAACAUUUUUGCUGGAGUGUACACACGUGUGCUGAGUUUGUUUACAAAUUUUCUAACACACUAGCAUCAAGUGUUCACUAGACAGGAAGUAGUCGGGCGAGCUGUGUGAACACACCACCAACACACGAUGGACCUGAUCAAGCGAGGGCUGAGCAAGAUCACAAGGGUCAAGACGAUCCCAGAGGACAUGCACGAGACGGCCUUGAGCAGGUGCUUGAACACCUUCGACAUCACCUUGCUCGGGAUUGGUCACAUGAUCGGUGCCGGGAUUUAUGUGCUCACAGGUACUGUGGUGCGGGAGAAAGCCGGACCUUCUGCCGUGUUGAGUUUCUUGUUUGCCGGAUUCGCCGCGCUGCUCAGUGCUCUGUGUUAUGCGGAGUUUGGUGCCAGGAUACCCAAAGCUGGCUCGGCGUACUCGUACACCUACGUCACGAUUGGGGAACUCUGGGGGUUCAUCAUCGGCUGGAACAUCAUCCUGGAGCACAUGAUAGGGGCAGCAUCCGUGGCCAGGGCGUGGAGUGGGGCCAUGGACGCCAUCUUCAACCAAGCCAUCCGGAACGGAACCAUUGAAUCUAUUGGUCGUCUGUCACACGAGAACGAAUGGGUUUCCGAGUACCCCGACCUAGUUGCCACCGGCAUCACCAUCGUUGCUUUCACCAUCAUUGGCUUUGGUGCUAAGAUCUCCAUCAAUUUCAACAGCGUGUUCACCAUUCUCAACACCCUCGUCCUUUUGUUUAUCAUCAUUGCUGGAUUUUCUUUUGCUGAUACCAGCCUGUGGUCUUCCAGUUCAGGUUACGGCUUCAUGCCGUUUGGCUUUGAAGGAACAAUCUCCGGCGCCGCCACUUGUUUUUUUGCUUACAUCGGCUUUGAGGGCAUCGCCAUUGCCAGUGAGGAGGCCAGAGAUCCAGAGAAGAGCAUUCCAAGGGCCACAGUCUUAUCCCUGCUCACAGUUACCUGCCUUUAUCUCUUGGCCACCGCCAGUUUGACCCUCAUGAUUCCAUUUUAUGACACCAAUACUUCAGCUGCAUUCCCAUUUGCUUUCGAUGAGGUUGGUGCUCACUGGGCCAAAUAUAUUGUUGCUGGUGGUACUCUGCUUGGCAUCAGUACCUCCCUCCUGGGCGGGGCUUUCUCCUUACCCAGAUCUGUGUACGCUAUGGCAGAGGAUGGGCUGUUGUUCCAUUUCCUGGCCUACAUCCAUCCUAAGACACAGACUCCAAUAUUUGCCGUGAUUGUCUUUGGUCUGAUCUCAGCACUGAUGGCCCUGUUGUUUGAAAUCUCCACGUUGGUCGAGUUCAUGAGCAUCGGAACUUUGUUUGGCUACACUAUCGUGGCUGCCAGCAUCAUAAUUCUCCGAUACCAGCCAGUCAGCAAAUGUCAGUUCAAGCUCAAGCCUGAAGAGCAGCCAGCAGGAACAACAACUACGUCUGUUUCUGAACCAUCAAUGACCACAGUUAAUGAAACCACGCCCCUGUCUAAAUCUGACCCAACUACCCCAGUUAAACAAUCUGACAAACGCAGCAUGCUACCCAAGUCUAAAAGUCAUGAUGACUUUGGCCGGCUGCGCCAGAAUCUCCGACAAGUUCCCAUUUUGAGGCGGUUUGAACCAGGAGAUGGUGUCAAGAGUGCUGUAGUUCUAAUGGGUGUCUUCAUGAUUGGGCUGUGCUUGGUUGUUAUAGAAGGCGCUAGUUACUUAAAAGAAGCAGCAUGGUGGUCUGUAUCUUUGGUUGUCAUCUUUAGUUUCCUCAUCGUUAUCUUUUAUCUCGUCAUAGUCGCCCAUGAGAAAAAUGAUGCAUUCCUUACCUUCCAGAUUCCCUUUGUACCACUACUGCCAGCCUUGAGCAUGCUGAUCAACAUUGCCCUAAUGCUGUCACUCACAAAGUUAACUUGGUUACGAUUGGUCAUUUGGAUUACUGUUGGAUUACUGGUGUAUUUUGUAUAUGGCAUUCAUUAUAGCCGAGAAAAUAAGAAAACUCAAGGGUAUGGACCAAUGGUGGAAUACACAGGAGAUGCAACUAUACCAGAAAAUACAAUAUCUGGCAUGACAGAGGAAGUGAAGGAAUUACAGCCCCAGCGUAAAGAUGAGGGAUUAUACCAGUAGCAGCUGAUGAAAAAAAAAGUAGCGUUUGGUUUGAGUUGUAUUUGAAACUAGUCCUAAAUCAGGUAUUAAUAUUAAAAAAUGAUUCAGCCAGCCUGUAUUUUAUUUCUAGAAAUAGGAAAAACUUGAUUCUUACAUUAAAAAACUUUCAAAAACUGAUAAUUAAAGUUCACAUUAUGAACUUCUAUUGAUGGCAGUAGAGUAAUUAAAUGCUACAGUUUUAUUUCCAAGAGAAAUUUUUUUAGAGAAGGAUUUUAUAUCUAAUAAAAAAUUAAGGCUAAAGUUCGAUAAUGAUUUGUGUAAGACGUAUUUCAGUUAAUUUCAUACUUUUUUUUUAGAAAUAUUCAGCAUAUUCUGCAACAGUGCAUCUACAUACUUAAAUAAAAAGACAUAUUUUCUUUGUUAAUGAAACUAUUGUUGUGCUAAUGCAGUAUUCUUUAAUACUUCUGACAUUUUAAAUCAUUGACCGCUUAGGGAAAAAUCAAUCAUACGCUGUAGAUGUUCAUUGGUCUGUUAUAGCUUCAAUAUAACUAUGCUUUAAAAUUAGCAAUAUGUCCAUUCUGUUUAAAAGUUUUGAGUUGGAAUGUGGUUGUAUUUUUUAACAUUCUGAUUACCAAUAAGUCAAAAUGGUAAAGUUGUAUUGUAUGAUUUUAAAAUAAAUCCAGUGAAUUCCUUUAGAAAAAAAUAACUUAAGAACAGAUAAUGAGGGGAAUACCUGAAAGGCAAAUAAGUAGGUAGAAUAAUUUUGGGAAUAAUUCUACUACUCAUAAAUAUUAUGGGGUAAGGGAUAUUGUAUAGAAUAUUUUAUAAAAAAUUAUGUCAUCUAUGACCCAGUUCCAUCAACAUAAUAGGCUUGUAACAUUUCCUUAGACCACCACAGCACAAAACAUUUCUAGGAAACCACCCCCUCUUUUCCCGUUGUCAAACAAUUCUUUUCUACAAAAAAACGGAGAAAAAUGCUUAUUACAUCAUUAGAAAGUCAGUUUAUCAACAUUUUGAUCCCAAAAUUUUGCUAAGACAGUGUAAUUUUUUGUGCUUUAUAUUAUAUAAUGUGCAUAAUACCUAAAAACUAAUAAGGGAAAACAAUAUGAAACCUUAUUUGCAUCUGACAAACAUACCAACUUAAGAAAUGUUUAUUUCAAAUAUAGUAAGUUAUUAAAAAAUGUGUGUUCAUCUCCCUGUGUUAAUGUCACUUCACAACUUAACAUGUGUAGCAUUUCUUGAUAUAAUGUAGAUCUACAUGAAUUGUUUUAAUUUUUUUAAAUUAAAUUUACAAUGAUUUACAAUUUUUAAGUUCAUAGAGUCAUAAUUGCUGCAUUUUUGUCUGGAACAUUUUUUUGACUGAGAUGUUGAAAGUACUGUAGUAGUUUGAUGCUUUUAUGAUGAGAAUUAAAAUAUAUUUUUGCUAUGGGGUCAUUCAUAAAUUACAUCAAAUUUUUUUAAACAAUAUUUACGUACCACCCUUACUCCGUCACACAUCAUUACAAAAAGCCUGACCUCCACCCUCUAAAAUGACAUCACACCUCAGCCUCAAAACUGUAGUUGAAUUUUUUUUUAAAUAUCUAUUUUUUUUCUUGAAUAUUGACUGUGCUUGGUCAACAUAAAGUAUUCUAAUCAAUUUCUAUUACAAAUUAUUAAAACAAUUUUCUAAACAACAGCUAAAAUUCAGUUUCUAACAUUACUUUAAAAAAUGCAAAAGUGUGAACCCCCUCCCUCUUUAUCACACAUCAUCACAAAAUUACGGACCUCCCCUCCCCCCUAUGAGUGCGAUGUAAUUCAUGGAAGACCCCUAUUGUGUAUAGUUUAUUUGUUUCUCAAGUAAACACACUUUGUUUUGUCAGAAAUUCUUAGUGUACUCUACAGCAAUGCAUGCACUAGGUUAUGUUAGAUUUUUGUUUUUAACAAAUCAAGUGUUAGCAACCUUUGAAGUUGUGUUGAUUUAAUUUGUCAGGCCAAAAAAAAAAAAAAAUUACUUCUGUAACUCAAUACAUUAUUUACGACUUACAUUGUAGAUUUGUUUUGAAGAUAUUUCCAGUACAAGUAGUGCAUAUCUGGAUAAAAAAACCUCUAUUUAAAUUUUAUAAUAAAAUCAUUUGUAUUGCAGCUCCCAUUGUAAAAUGUACUUCCAAUGUUUAUUUUUUGUUUAUGUGAACAAGUAAAUGUUUUAAAAUGUAGCAUCAUUUAAAACAAACUGAAAAAUGCUACCCAAUUUCAUGCUGUCUUCUAUUUUAUUCUUAGAUUAUUGAUUUUUUAUGAGAUAAAGUCAAUCUUACUUAUAACAUAUCACCUAGGUCAGUAUUGUUGAUUUUUUAGGUACAUAAAGCAGUGACAUCUAGUAAAACAGUAUUUGGGCUUCAUGUAAUUAAAUCAAGGUAAAUAUUUGCUCAAUUUAUAUUUUAACAAAUUCAGCAAAUGAUUUAAUAAGUUGUAAUUAAGACAGCUGAACUCUACUGCAUCUGUCCUGUGGCUCAUCAGAAGGGUAUUUUACCUUACGAUAAUUCAGUAAAAAUUACUUUAAGAAAAAAGUGUUGCUUUUCUUGUAUUUUUUUAAAUUACAUUGAUAAGAUGUAUUUUAUAAAACACUUGAAUGAACUAGUUAAAUUCUGAAAUGAUUUUAGACACGAAGUAGUAAAAAUUACAUAUGCUAAUCACUCUAAGCUAGUCUCUACCUUUUAAAAAUGUAUGCCACUUUCAAUGUGUACAAUGCCUGUAAAUUAAUUUCCUUUUUAGUGUAUCGAUCUUUGAUUAUAUUUUCUUCAAUAAAUGUAGAAAUUCCAAAAUAGAAAUUAGCUUUUAAAAGCAUAUGUCACAACCCAACCAUUGAUGCUAUCUAUAAGUAUUUUAAGAGCCCCAUCUCUUCAAGGGAUUAUGUUGUGAACUUGAAUUUAUAAUUUUUUUUUAAAAACAUUUUACACAAAGUUAUUUAUCAGAUAUUGAUUGCAAUUUGAUGUUAUAGAAACUAUUUAGUUAACAUCGCCUUUGUGAUGACUGUAUAUUUAUGGAAAAUGCUAUUCAUAUUAUCAGUGUAUUUUUCUGUGAUAUUUGAGACACAUUUGUAACCCAGUGCUCCCUGUGUAAUUUGAUAUAAUUUUAUGCUGUGAAAGUUUCUUUUCAGAUUGGUUAUAUCACUUUGUUUCUUUUCUUUAUGGUGCUAUGUUUUAAAUCAAAUUUUCUGUGUACAUUGUAUUUAUUUUAAUGUAUAGUGCCACUGAAGAUCUUAAAUAUUGUAUUGUUGAGAAAUCGUUAUAUUGAAUAUUGUGCAGUUGAAACCGUGAAUAAAUAUAUAUUCAUGAGUAAAAUUAAGUUUU